AUGAUCAGCAGCACAAAACGCAGGGACUUCGUUUCGGACCCCGACAUUACACAUAAAAUACCAUCACCACAAAAGUCUCUGCGACCACGAAAGCCUUCAUCUCUUCCGAUCCCGCUCAGCGUUCCGCCCUUUCAAGUGGCAAAGUCGAAGUGGUCCCCACCGGCGUCACCUGGGAUUAUUCCAGAUAAAUCCCUUUCGGAAGGACCAAAGACGACCACCGAUGAGAAGAACAGCCUGGCAAAUCAGCUUUUCGUAGCUGCAUGCGCAGGUGACCUCACCGCGAUUGAGUGCCUUCUUGGAAAGGGCGCACCUAUCAACUCAUCUGCCCUUGUGCCAGGCCUAUUUGAGGCUUUCCAGCCUGCAAAAUCGGGGCAGCUAUCACCACUCGCUGGUGCGUGUCUAAAGGGACAUCUGACGGCUGUCCGGCUUCUUCUCGCUCAUGGCGCCGAGCUCAACCCUUCCAGCAGUCGAUCUUCUAGCAGUCCUCUUCACCAAGCAUGCAGGAGCGAUAAUCUCGACAUUGUGCAGUACCUGCUUCAAACAGGAGCUCAGGUCGACAUCCUCGAUGGUUAUAAAGUAACACCCAUAAUGUAUGCUUCAAAAUACUCUUCGGCCGCCCUGGUCUCGCUCCUUUUGGAACAUAAGCCGGAUCUCAGCGCGGUGUCUUUCAUCAAUGCAGCAGCAAUCCAUUGGAGCGUUUGGCCUGGCAAGGUUGAAGUCACUGAGUUGUUGCUGAUGGCCAGAGCCGACCCGAACCUCGGAAUGGCCGAUGGGAACACCGCUCUUCACUGCGCUGUCCUCACGGGCUCCAUUGAAAUGUGCAAAGUGCUCCUUCGGUAUGGCGCAGACCCUCUGCGAAGGAACAAGAGCGAGGAGACCCCUCUCAAGCUCGCCGAGAUAYGCUGCGAGACAGAUGAGAUCCCGAGGUUACUAAGAGCGGCUAUUACCGCAAGACCAUGA